AUGUAACGAAAGGACGUUGGAAAGUGACGAGGCCAGUUUAACCGAAGUCAUUCUACUAUAGCCUACUCAGAUGUGGACAUGUUUUAGUGAAACAAAUAUUACACUGUGGAUAUACAGGAUUAUUGAAUUGAACUCGAAUAGAAUAAUUUAAGUUAUAGAUAACUUUUAGUUUCAAACUUUUUUAAUAGUGGGACUUUUGUUUUAAACAUCCCAAGUCACGCAGGAACUGGCCAAGAUAAAGUGACUACCGGAUGCGCGCCCUUUUUCAGUGUCUGGGAGUCAUUUCUGCUUGGUGUAAAUAACGGACAAGCGCGUCAUUUCACUUGCGAAUCAUAUUAGCCUAUUGAGGUCGUUUUUUUUCAUCCCGGGGGACCACUCACAGAGACACAGCAUCUGUGGGACCAUGCUACAAAAUGGUAUUUGUAAGGAGAAACCUUCGGAACUGCCGAAGGCUGAGCCAGAACCAGACUUCCCAUCAGAACCUUCAACCCAGCCAGCCCCCAUUGACAGCGCAGUGCGUACGGCACAGGACACGGAUUCCACGCACUUCCCCUUGCCGGAGUUCCCCAAAUUGGAGAUAAAGCGUAACGCGGUGACAGACGAUUAUAAGAUAUCUAGUCAGGUCCUUGGGUUUGGGAUCAAUGGGAAGGUUCUGGAAUGCACAAAUAAGAAGACGGGGGAGAAGUGCGCACUGAAGAUCCUCUAUGACAGUCCCAAGGCGAGGCAGGAGGUUGAGCUUCACUGGCGGGUGUCGGGGGGGCCUUACAUCGUUGGUAUUCUCAGUCUGUACGAGAACAUGCAUCAUGGGAAGAAGUGCCUGCUCAUCAUCAUGGAAUGUAUGCAAGGGGGAGAACUGUUCAGCCGGAUCCAGGCCAGAGGAGACCAAGCUUUCACUGAGAGAGAGGGCUCAGAGAUCAUGCGGGAUAUUGGCACGGCCAUCGAGUUUCUCCACAACAUGAACAUCGCACACAGAGACAUCAAGCCUGAGAACCUGCUGUACACUCAUCAGAAGAGCAACGGGACUCUCAAACUGACGGACUUUGGCUUCGCUAAGGAGACCACUCUACACAACCUCCUGCAGACCCCCUGCUACACCCCUUACUAUGUGGCUCCUGAGGUUUUGGGCCCGGAGAAAUAUGACAAGUCAUGUGACAUGUGGUCUCUGGGCGUCAUCAUGUAUAUCCUGCUGUGUGGUUUCCCACCGUUCUACUCUAACACGGGCCAGGCCAUCUCUCCAGGGAUGAAACGGAGGAUCAGGAUGGGCCAGUACGAGUUCCCCAAACCUGAGUGGGCUGAGGUGUCAGAGGAAGCCAAACAGUUGAUCCAUCAGCUGCUAAAGACAGACCCCAACGACAGAAUGACCAUCACACAGUUUAUGAACCACCCCUGGAUCAAUCAGUCCAUGGUUGUUCCCUCCACACCGCUCCACACCACACGGGUCCUGACUGAGGACAGAGAGAUGUGGGAUGACGUGAAGGAGGAGAUGACCAGUGCUCUGGCCACCAUGCGUGUAGACUACGACCAGGUGAAGAUCAAAGACCUGGACACCUCCAGCAACCCACUGCUCAACAAGAGACGCAAGAAGGCCGCUGCCGGGGGCAAAUUGGGAGGCAGCGUCUGCAACAGCCAGUGAAAGACUGGAGGUGGGAGGGAAGCCACAGCCUGAACAGAAAGGGAAGCCCAGAGGACACACCUGGAACAGCUGGGAGGGGAAAAGGCUGUGGGAGGUCUGGGCAGAAACAUGUAGAAGAGAUUUAUCAGGGGGAGUGUGUUCAUACUUAAAUCAGCACAGGGAGAAGAGGGGAGGCAUAAAGGAGAGAGUGGGUACUGUUAGGAAACAGCAGGGAAAUGUUAUUUGGAGAUUCUUAGCAAUCAGUCGAAUUGAAGGACACAUGAAGUGAUGACAAUGUAUGAAACACUUAUCGGCCAAGAUCAGCAGGCCUUCAUACUGUAGGCCUUCAUAAGUUUUUAAUUUGAUCGUGUGUUAGUGUAUGUGUUAUUUUGAAAGGUCGUUCAGGAUCUGCUCUUUAUAAGUUCCUGUAUGUUUGUUGUGUGUGUGCCUGUGUGUUUAUGUGUGUUGUAACCAAUGUUCCCUCUAAAAAUGCUCAGCACUGAGCAAAUUUCAGGUCUGCUGAACACAAACUUGAACGUUGUGAAAAUUCUGUGCAACUUCCAGUGUGCGUUUACUGUGAACACUUGGGCUGUACCCGCUUUCAUUUACAGUUAACAGUGGCCAAGUCAUCUACUGUGGCUAUUUGAUCAUAAUGUAGGCCUACCAGAGUGGCCUACCAUCAAAAACAAUGGAGAAAAUGCAUCCCAUACCAUUUUAACAUGGAAAUAGCUGUUCUAUCAUUCAGCCUGCAGUAG